CCAUUGGCUCCCCGCCGGUCACGUGGGGGUCACGGGGGGCCGGGGAGGGGUGGAGACAAACUCUCGGCUGGGUUCGAGACGUUUUGGCGCCAAAAAAAUCGAAGGAGGUUCGCCUCACGGCGUCAGCGAAAGGGCUCCGGCCUCCGUCGCGAUGGACGGUGCCGCCUGCGUCAGGGCGCUGGUGCUAGCAGUGACCCACUACCGCCACAGCCGCACGGAGGCCAACGCUCACCUCCUCCUCACCAGCGUCCAGGCUGUGCUGGGGCAGAAGGCGGCGCUGCUACGUCCGCCACCGCCAUCGCCGUCGCCGCUGCCGCUGCCGGCAGAGUGCGUGAGCGAGCUUGUGGCUCUGCUGUGGCACGCGCAAAGUCCACACGAGCUGACGCUCGCCAUCGUCAGCCUCUUCUCACUGCUCGCGUCAGAGCGCGAUGCCAGGGAGAGUCUGCACGUCACCUACGACCUGACGGGCGGAGUCGCUUCCCUCGUACAGCGGCUGCAGCAGGGAUCCGAGCCGGAGGCGACGCCGCCGCCGCUGCUGCUGCUGCAGGCCCUGAAGCUGCUGCAGUCGGUCACGUACGACGCUCGCAUCUCGUACCCCAGCCCCAGCGUCGAGUGCCUCCUCCUCUUCCUGGCGCAGCAGAUCCAGGCGCCUGAGAGCGAGCUCACCCUGCCCUGCCUGGGCACCAUGGCCAACCUCUGUCGGCACAACACCUCCGUGCAGAGCUACGUCAAGGCCAUGAGUCACGUGAAGGGUCUCUACCGUGCCCUCAUCGUGUCCCUGGCCCACAGCAGCCUCACCGUCGUCGUCUUCUCCCUCUCCAUCCUCGCCGCCCUCACGCUGCACGACGACGUCGGAAAUCGGCUGUUCCACGCCAAGAACAUCAACCAGACGUUCCAGCUGAUCUUCAACAUCCUGGUGAACGGGGACGGGACGCUCACCCGCACGUUCAGCGUCGACCUCUGCGUGGACCUCCUGCACUGCGACCGGGUCGCGCAGCACCUGUGCAGGUACGAGCACUUUGACUCGUGUCUGCAGCAGAUCCUGGGACUUCUGCAAGACAGUUCAGUCGAGAGCAUUGCUAAGCUGCUGGAGCUGCUGCUGGCCCUCUGCUCCGUGCCGCGCCUCCGCUCCUCCGUCAGCCGCGCCACGCUCGCCUCGCCGGCGGCCCCCUCCGCGGCCGCGGCACGGGCCCGGAGGGCCGGCGACGGCGGGACCGCCCGCCGGACGCGGAGGACCCAAGCCCCCGCCGUGCCGCCGCCGGGGCCGCCGGGGCCGCCGGCGGCCCUGGCGACGCUCGUUCGCUGCGCCGGGCGACCGGCGUCCGCCUCCGACGGGGUCGCCCUCCUCUCCCUGCGGCUCCUGCUGGACGUGUACGAGGAGGCGCUAGCUGAGGGCUUCCCGGCGCCCUCGGAGCCGCUGCUGCCCAUGCUGACAGAGGCGCUGUGCGCGGGAGCGGCGAGCGCCGGGGAGAUGCAGUCGGCUCAGACGCAGCGCUGCCUCAAGCUGACGCACGUCCUCGACCUGAUGAUGCUGCUGAGUGGGGGCGUGGGGCAGGAGCAGGAGGAGGCGGCGGAGGCGGCGGAGGCGGGCAGUGGCAUGGCGAGGGUGGGCGCAGCGGUGGAGGCCGGCGGCCUGGCCACCCUGCUGGAGGAGCAGCUGUCUCACAGCCCGCUGAGCACGGGCAGGCCGCUGGCUCGCUCGUCGCCUCACUACGCGGCGUGUGAGGCAGGGGCAGACGUUCUGCUCAAGGCUUUGGAGCUGUUGAGCCGACUGAAGCACGGCCUCCCCAGCCUGGAGGCGAACCUGUACAAGACCCUGCAGGACGUGCGUCUGGUGCCGUUCCUGGUGUUCUCUUUGGCCUCCGUGAGUCGCGAGCGCGUUCAGUGCGGACUUCGAGUGCUCAUGGAGGCCACUCAGCUCCCCGACUUCCCAGCCAUCACGCUCGGUGAGAGCAUCGCUGCCAGCAACUCGCAGUUCGAGGGUUCGGCUCCCGUCCUCCCGGCGUCACCCGCGCACACUCACCACCACCAACACCGCCACGCUCACCCUGCAAACCACGCUCACCUCUCUCGCCACGGUCGGAUGAAGCCGACCCCCGACCCGGACACGGUGCAGCAGCUCAUCGACAAGAUCCGCUCGGGCAUGGAGAUCACAGACGUGGUGCGAGACGUCAAAACGUCUGAAAUCAUCGACGUCUACGAACAGAAACUCUCCUCCCUCGCCACUAAGGAGCAGCACCUGUCGGACCUGCUGGAGGCGAAGUCCAUGGCAUUGGUCCAGGCCGACCGUCUGCUCACCCAGCACCGCUCACACCGGGACCAGAGUGAGGCCGAGGCUCGCCGUCUCGCCAGCAUGCUGUCUCACGCCGAGCGCCGGGUGGAGGAGCUGUCCGGGCGUCUCUCGGAGCAGGGGCAGGAGGCGGAGCGGGCCCGGGAGGACAUGGACGCGCUGCUGCAGCACAAUCGCCGCAUGCAGGCGGCGGAGGAGAAGCACGCGCGGCUCACGGCCACCCACGCAGACCUGCAGCACAGGCUGGAGGUGAGCGAGCGGCACUUGCUGAAGGCGCAGGAGGAGCAGCGGUCUCUGACGGAGCUCGCCGAGGUGUUGAGGCGGCACAACGACAACCUCAAGCAGAGCAACGACAAGACUCUGUGCCAGCUGGGUGAGAUGGAGGAGCAGUGCAAAGAGACGCGCAAGCUCCUGCAGGAGAGAGACGGCAAGAUCACCGGGCUGCAGCAGCGCCUGGCGCUGGUGCAGGGGCAGGCCGAGCGCGCGGCCGCGGAGGUGACGGAGCGGGAGGAGGCGCUGGAGGUGCUGAGGAGGGAGCUCUCACGCACAGAGCAGCAGCGCAAGGAGCUCAGCAUCAAGGCCUCGAGCCUGGAGGUCCACAAGCGCUCGCUGGAGUCUCGCCUGGAGGAGCGCGACUCGCGCCUCAGGGAGCAGCAGGAGCAGCUGAGCAAGCACGCCAGCAUGAUCGCCGCCAUUCACAGCCUGAGCGGCGGCGGCGCCAAGGCCCCAACAUUCUCCCUCUAGGGGUCCCCUCUCUGUGGGGGUCCAAGGGUCUCAUCCUCUCACCGUAGGGGGACCAGUCCCUCCCUGAGGGGACCCAUUCCCUCCCUCUGGGGGUCCUUCCUCUCUCUGUCGGGGCCUGGUCCCCCUGUAGUGGCCUGGCUACACCACCAGGGGUCUACGGACCCCCUGUAGUGGCCUGGCUACACCACCAGGGGUCUACGGACCCCCUGUAGUGGCCUGACUAUACCACCAGGUGUCUGUGUGGACCACCUGUAGUAGCCUGGCUCCACCAGGUGUCUGUGUGGACCCCCUGGCUACACCACCAGGGGUCUGCAGACCCCCUGUAGUAGCCUGGCUACACCACCAGGGGUCUACAGACCCCCUGUAGUGGCCUGACUAUACCACCAGGUGUCUGUGUGGACCACCUGGCUACACCACCAGGUGUCUGUGUGGACCCCCUGGCUACACCACCAGGGGUCUGCAGACCCCCUGUAGUAGCCUGGCUACACCACCAGGGGUCUGUGUGGACCCCCUGGCUACACCACCAGGGGUCUGUGUGGACCCCCAGGCUACACCACCAGGGGUCUACGGACCCCCUGUAGUAGCCUGGCUAUACACCCAGGGGUCUGUGGACCACCUGGCUACACCACUAGGGGUCUGCAGACCCCCUGCAGUAGCCUGGCUACACCACCAGGGGUCUGUGUGGACCCCCUGGCUACACCACCAGGGGUCUGCGUGGACCCCCUGGCUACACCACCAGGGGUCUGUGUGGACCCCCUGGCUACACCACCAGGGGUCUAUGGACCCCUUGGCUACACCCCCAGGGGUCUAUGGACCCCCUGGCUACACCACCAGGGGUCUGUGUGGAACCCAGAACCCCGUUGCCCUAAUGAAUUGCAGCGGCAAGGCUCCGUCGAAUUCUACAAUCGGAGUUGUGGUGGUGGUGGUGGUGGAGGUGUUUUUUUUUGUGUGUCGUCCUUGCUAUUUAAUGUCCUCGAGCGCGGGAAAAAAUGUCUGCGACGUGAACCGUGAAAUAAUGGUGGGUUACAGUCGUUUUUAUUUUUUAUUUAAAUGAAUCGCAAAUGAAUUGAGGGUGGUCUGGUGAGGAGGAUAACAACACCAAAUAAAGCGUCUUGGAUUUUU